GGAUGCGUUUAAAUGUACAGGGUCCUCCGGCCAGGCAAGCUGCAUGAAAACACCAUGACAGGGCAGCGAUUGACAUGAGAAAUCAACCCCUGCUUCUCCAAGCCAGAUAGUUUCCCGGAGGGGGUCAAUAAUAUUACCCGCGCUCCUCAGACAGGAUGGAAAUCCCCAAUGAGAGAGAGUGGAUUACUGUUGCCAAUGAUCUUCUUAGCAAGUGCCACAUCAAUCGGAGGGUGACAAAGCUCUGUGAGUGUGACGCAAGCGUGUUUGUUGCACUUUAUGAAGCUAUUCUCGGUGAAAAGGUCCCAGAUUACAUCGCUACCCCCAAAAGCCAAGAAGAUGAUGCCCAUAAUGUACAAGCUGUGAUAGAUUCAUUGGCUUUGGAUUACUUGCAAAUCAGUUUGUCUCACAUAACCGGAGAGAAUAUUAUUCAGAAUAACAAAGAAAGUAUCCGCAAUCUGUUGGAAAUAUUUGAUGGUUUACUGGAAUAUCUCACAGAACAGAUAAGUGAGGAAUCCUCGCAGCCUGAUGAUCCUGACCUGCUAUCCAGUGAAGCAAUAUCUGUAAUUAGAGGUGUACUUCAGGAGGAACUAGGAGCCUCACAUAAAGAAAAGUUACCUGGACCAGGAGACCACUUAUCAAAAGACUCAUCAUCUUCAGUCCCUACGUGGGAUGAAGGUGGAUCUACAUCCACUAAUGAACUCAUUCGACUUGGUGAAUCUGCUUGUACAUAUAGCCACAGAGUGGAUACAGACCUACCUGAAAUUCGAUGGAGUAGUGGCCAGCAAUCAGAAAAACAGUCGAAGCUGGAGACCCGAAGGGAAAAUGGGAUUUGCUCAUUUCCUGCUGGUUCUGUCAUUCGACACAAUGCUAAUCAGGAAGAAAUUCUGAAAUCAGGAAAAGAGUCUCCAGCUAUCUUGCCUCCUGCAACUCAUUCCACUGGACCAAACACUAAUGCUCUGCAGCUUGGGGAACCUAUUCGGCCUGCUAUUCCUUUGCAGUCCCCAUACCACCCUGCCAAGUACAAGUGUCAAAUCCAAGGGGCGAAUCUGCUCAGUUCUCAGCCCAGCUCCCAUUCCGUGAACACGGUUAUGGUCAAUCCAGAAGAUCGUAUUGAUUCCCAGAGAGAAAGUCCAAUCCUUGCCAAAGGACCAAAAGUGGAAUCAGCAUCUAAAGGACAUAAUGUUCCAGAGAGAAGUGAAAAAUGUUCUACAAACAAGUCGCUAUCAAGUUUCCCCUUAGGUUCCUUAAAGGAAAGUGCACUACAGGAGUUGCAAGCUGCAGGAGAGGUUUCAAAGAGGAGCUCUGAGUUGCAGCACGUGACAGGAACUAAUGCAGCAAAUUCUGUCAGUGUUCAGAAGCGAGUUGCAUUCCAAACACAACCAGAUAUCAGAAUGUUAACUUUGCAGAGUAAAACUGAUCAAUGGGAUCAGCUGUUGGAGGAAGAAGAAGAGGUGACAAACCAAUGGGAGGAUUUGGCAGCACGAGGCUCCAGCCGGAAUGACAUUAGCAAAGAAGAAAAUUCCUUUUCAAUAAACCAUAAGGAUCAAAAUGAUCCAAGUGUUUCAUUUCAAGAUGAACCUCUUUCUCACCGAAGAGCCAAGAAUAUUCUCGCAGAAGAGGAGCUGCACGAAAUGUCUGAGAACCUAUCCCAGAAACUGCAUCAACUUGACCUGAUGCUGAAACGCGCACUGAAUGACAAAUGUGAAGUUCAUGAUUUUAAAGAAGAAGAUAAACUAUCACAGCACAGUGACAGCAUCACAGAAUAUCGAAGGAUUCAUCGUUUGCCAGUGACGCCACUCCUCAGGAAGCCAGCACGUGCCCGAGCGCGCUCGCUCUCACCGUCACCCCCUCGGCAAACUCUACUGGCCGAGUUUGAAGACGCUCUCAAUAAAGAUUCAAAGGGUGAAAUGCGGAAAAUUCGCAGAGAGCUGCAGCAGGAAAUGGACCUGCAAAGGAUGAAAGCAAAGGUUGUGAAUGAACAUUACAGACAAGAACUGGAAAAUUACAAGAAAAAAGAGAAAGCAAAAAUUGGAAGAGAAAAGUCUAAAGUCAAGAAAACAGAACAAGAAUAUAAAGAAAAUAUCUUCAAAGAGACUCCAAGAACCCUUCAGCCAGAGAGAGUUUACUCUGCAAAAACCACACCACGAAAGCCAAAGCAUGGCCAGUGGACACCAACAGGAGUGGCAAAGCCAAGGAAAGCAACACCGAUGAAGGUACAUGAUAACGACCUCCUUCCUUUGCUACUUGAAGAGUUCCCCUAUCUUUCAGUCUCUCCACACACAAUGAACCGAAUGUGGAAGCAGCAGUUCAGGCAGAUAGAACAGCUGACUAGGUCCAGUUCUGAACAAGACCGGAGCCAAGCUAAACUCCAGUCAGCUAUUGAAGACGCCCGAAGAAAGCAUGAUCUGCUGAUGGACAUCAUUAAAAAAGAACAGGAUCAUAACCAGCGGCUGAAAGAGUUUAAGGAACGAAUCCGGCAACAGAAGUUGGCCCAAAACAAGAUGAAGGAACAGAGGCAGCAGAUUGCUCGUGCCAAGAAAUACUACAACGACUAUCACGUCCAGCUCUGUGCAAAGAUGAUGAGAGCAAGGACUCGCGAAGAAAGGAUUUUCAAGAACUUGUUUGAAGGGGGCUUGGAGAUUCAGAAGGAGAGACUGCGUGAGUUGAAGGCUUAUGCCAAAGAGAAAAGGGAGGAGCACAAGAAGCGACAACAGGAGGAGCUGGAGUCCAUGGAGAAUUAUUAUCGAGAUCAGUUUUUAAUGCUGGCGGAAACUCUGGCACAAGAGCGGCAGAAAGUUCACAUGCGAGAGGCGGCACAGAACAAGGCCCUCCAGAAGUUGAAGAAUGAACUACGUGUAAAGAUGGAGAAGGAGAUCCGAGAGCUGCAGGAAAUGAUUACACGUGACGAUGACGAUGUGUACUUCAGAGAACUGGAGGCUGAGCGUGCCCAGCGCCAGGUGCAGAUGGCCUCGUUUCAGUACAGCAAGACCCCAACGCUGUAAACAUCUGCUAAUGGUCAACCAAGUCCUGCAGUUUUUUUUAAAAAAAGGGCUCAACUAAUUCAAAGCACAACCCUAUGUUCCUAAAGCUCAGAGAUACACAAGUGGAUAUGCAUUGAACUGCGGUAGGGUGAGAUCACGUCCUCCGCCACUGACACUCUUGCUAGGCUUGUCUUUUAACAAACUCUUUUAAAAACAAAUUACUGAUAAUCUGAAGGUCAGUUUUUACCUCUGUAUAGUCCAUGAAGACUGUAUGAUACUGUCUCCUGAGAUGUUUUAGUAUAAAUACUACUUUGAUUAUUACUAUUCUUCCAAGAUCAAUGCUGAAUUAGUGAUCAGUUUUUCUGUUGCAUCUCAGCUACUUGAUCAUCUUCAGCACUCGACAUGGUUGCGUACACAUUAUCCCUGUCUGACACUAAUACCGUAAAGCCCAAGUGUUCCAAAAUUACUUUGUACAUUUAUCUUGUACAGUAGAUAACUAGACUGGAAUAUUGAAGGAAGUUACAUUAACAAUUUUUCUAUGCAAUCAUGUUUUUUUGAAACUAUGUUCUAAUUUAUUAAAAUUUUUGCUACCUAAAUAUUUCAAACUAAAUACUCUGUGUGAUUUGGUUCUAAGUUUAUUUUUACUUCAUAGUUCUUGCCAAAGCAACAAGUAGGGACAUUGCUUUAUUGUAAGGUGCAUUAAUUUGAGAUGUUAAGUAAGCACCAAUCAUUCUACUCACAGGUCUGUACAACUUCUAAUAAAACUACACCAAGCCCAUUGAAAUCAACUAGAUUAGUCCUGAACUAUUGAUCAAAACAGUUGUCUGACCUGAGUGAUAUUAGAAUCAGGUUUAUUAUCACCGGCAUGUGUCGUGUAGUUUGUUAACUUAGCAGCAGCAGUUCAAUUCAAUACAAUACAUAAUAUGGAAGAAAAAUAAAUAAAUCACAGUAUAUGUGUAUUGAAUAGAUUAAAAAUUGUGCAAAAACAAAUUAUAUAUAUAUUUAAAAACUGAGGUAGUAUUCACAGGUUUAAUGUCCAUUUAGGAAUCGGGUGGCAGAGAGGAAGAAGCUGUUCCUGAAUCACUCAGUGUGUGCCUUCAGGUAACAGUGAGAAAAGGGCAUGCCCUGGCUGCUGGGGUUCCUUAAUAAUGGACACGGCUCCUUGAAGAUGGGUACUUUGUAAGUUAGUACCCAAGAUGGAGCUGACUAAAUUUACAAUCCUUUUCAGCAGCUUUUGGUCCUGUGCUGUAGUUCCAUCCUCCCCGCCCCCCCCCCCCCACCCCUUACCAGAGUGAUGCAGCCUGUCAGAAUGCUCUCCAUGGUAUAUCUGUAGCAGUUUUUGAGUGUUUUUGUUGACACACCAAAUCUCUUUAAACUCCUAAUGGAAAAACAGCUUUGAUCAACUUUGCUUUUAAAACUGGGACAGUUGUUAAAUGUUGGCUUUGUUAAUUUUGAAACAAAGAGGAAAUUAAGGAAAGAUCUGGGCUUGGCAAGUGGAGGUGGGGGUGAACUCAUCUGCUGAGAUGUUUUAUAAUGGUCAGUUGUCUUUGCCCAUAUGCACCCAACUUGGGCCAUGGGUCAAGUUGAAAAUGAGCAGCGCUUUUAUCAUUCCACUUUCAUAGAGAGAGGCAGGAUCAUAAUACAACAGCACAAUUCAGUUGUGAAAGCCCUGAACUUGGUCAAACUUGGUCUCUUUAAAAAAAAAAGUGGUUUGGGAUACCUACGGAAAACAGCAAAAUGCUUCAUGUCUGGAAAACACUGACACAGUGGAAAGGAUAUUUGUACAAGCUAGCACAGAGAGGAAUGAGUUGUGAUCAUGGCCUUCAGUGUUCACUGCAAGUUAGUUUUGACUGUUCAGAGUGCUGUUCCUACUGUUCGUUAAUUUCCUGGUUUAAAAAAAAGUAUUAAACCUUCUAGCUAUCCUUCUUCCCUACACUCUCCCCCACCUUUUUAUGCUAGAGUCUUUUCCCUUCCUUUCCUGUCCCGAUGAGGAGACUCGGCCUGAAAUGUGGACUGUUUAUUUAAUUCCAUUGAUGCUGCCUGACCUGCUGAAUUGCUCCAGCACUUUUUGUGUAUUGUUUCAAAGUAAUGCUUGGUAAUGUUUUCAAACAGAUAUUGAACAAGGACAAGACCAGGCUGAAAUCAAAACUAUUGCACUGCCAACUUUAUAGUGCCUAUAAAAAGUAUUCACCCCCUACCCUGGAAGUUUUCUUGUUUUACAACAUUGAAUCAGUGGAUUUAAUCUGGCUUUUUUGACACUGACCAACAGAACAGAAUCCUUUUAUAUCAAAGUGAAAACAAAUUAAAUUAUUAAACCCAAAAUAACUGAUUGCCUAAUUACUCACCCCUUCAGGUCAGUAUUUGUUAGAUGCACCUUUGGCAGCAAUUGUCUGGACACUGUGAUUUUUUUUCCCCCAUUCUUCUUUACAAAACUGCUCAAGCUCUGUCAGAUUGCAUGGGAAUCAUGAGUGAACAGCUAUUUUUAAGUCCAGCCACAAAUUCUCGAUUGGAUUGGGUUCUUGGCUAUGACUUGGCCACGGCAGCACAUUGUUUUUAAGCCAUUCCUGUUAGCUUUGGCUUUAUGCUUACGGUCAUUGUCUUGCUGGAAAACAAAUCAAGUCACAGUUCUCUUGCCGUCUUCAUCAGGUUUUCCCUGUAUUUUGCUGCAUUCAUUUUACUCUCUGCUUUCGCAAGCCUUCCAGGGCCUGCUGCAGAGAAGCAUCCCCACAGCAUGAUGCGGCCACCACCAUGCUUCGCAGAAGUGAAGGUAUAUUUUGACAAUGUGCGGUGUUUGGCUUACAUCAAACUUAGCGUUUAGUCUGAUGGCCAAAAAAUUCAACUUUGGUUUCAUCAUACCAUAGAACCUUCUUCUAGCUGACUUCAGAGUCUUUCCACGUGCCUUCUGGCAAACUCUAGCCGAGAUUUCAUGUGAGUUUCUUUUCAACAGUGGCUUUGACUUUGCACUCUCCCAUAAAGAUGUGACUGGUGAACUACCCAGGCAACAGCUGUUGACUGCACACAGGUCUCCAAAAGCAGAUCUCCAUUUAACUAAUUAUGUGAUUUUUAAAACCAAUUGGUUGCACCAGUGAUGAUUUGGUGUGUCAUAUUAAAGGGAGGGGGUGAAUACUUAAUUAUUUUGUUUUAUUUGUAAUUAAUUUAGAUCACUUUGUUUCACUUUGACAUGAAAAUCUUUUUCUGUUAAUCAGUGUCACAGAGUCAAAUUAAAUCCACCGUGAUUCAAUGUUGUAAAACAAUAAAACAUGAAAACUUUUUAUAGGCACUAUACCAUUUAGUAAUAAUUCUUUAAUGAAUACAGUGCCUAUAAAAAUAUUCAAUUUUGUGGGAAGGGAAAAUGGGACUAAGGAUGUAAUGAGGCAUGUGCAGAAUUAUCUUGUAAAACUUUUUUAAAAAUAUAUAAUAAAUUGUAGAUAAGUGUAGUUAGGACCUAUUUUGGUUUUAGGCAGUUUUUGAGUACUGCCAAAAUGGGAGGAACAUCCCCAAAAACCUACUUGGAAACCUUUUCUCCUACUAACAAACAGAGCUUUGCCUUGGUGCACAUUUCCCAUCAGAAAUUCUGAAGGCAUCCUAGCAGACUCCUACCUAGGUACUUGAUUUAUAAGUUUAGUUGUCACAAUGACUGCAUUUCCCGGCAGAAUGCAGAGCAAGUUCAUGUAGGUGUGAAUAAAAUAGAGUUACUGCCAGAUUUUAUCAAAUCUCUGGGUUCCUGCAAAUAUAUUCUUCUGAAGUCUGGACAAGUAGGUUUCAAAUUACCAACAGCUUGCUGAACCAGUUAUCGAUCCCACACAUCAAGCUGGUUUUACCACUUUGAUUCUGUUGCACCAACCAAAGCCUAAAGUUGAUGCAUCUUAUUUAUUCAAACAGCUUCUGAACAACAAACAAAUUUUGCCAAGCACCAAGAUAGCUGAAAGCAAGUCAAUACCCAGCAAGACAUUCUGGCCACUUGGGUGGUUCAUAUUCAAUGCUUUACUUGUGCUACACUUUGCUUAAAAGGGCAAAACAUUCGAAAAUGACUUUGCCAUGUUCUCCUGUUUGUUCAUGACAGAGAUCCGACAGGCCAGUUCACCAAGAAAGUGGAUGCUCCCAUGACAGAAUGAGUUUUGUAAGUCCCCUCCUGAAGUCAUUGCAGAACUCCCAUCUGACCACCUGAGAGCCAUUUCAAGGACUACUUUCCCCACAGAUGUGGUCACCCAGGCACCAAGAAUAUAGUUGCGCUUAUAGCUGGACAUUAAGUAUACAGUAAUUUCUGUGGUAAGCAUUCACACCUUGAGAGAGUGAUGUCAAAAUUUUAAAAAUCAUGUAUUUAAAUAAAUUAUGCAUGAGUCACACACUCCAACUCUACCUAAAGAUAUUUUUCCUACACAUGCCACCUACUUAAAUUCCACACCUUUGCUUAUUUACCCUCCUCCUGAACAUGACCCAUUAAUCAGCUAUUUCCUUUUAAAAAUUUAGGUAUCAUAAUUUAGCAAGAUUUGCAUGAGAGAGUUUUGUAUUUUGAUCUUAGUCUCUGCUUUUUGUGAUUUCCAUAUAUUUCAGCCCUCUUGUUAAUGUCACGUUGAACAGUCAAAGGCAGGAUCAUCUGUCAAUUCUUUAUCUUAGAAUUUGCAGCAGGAAGAAAAAGGUUUUAAUUCCUCAGGUCUCUCUGCAUAGUAACAGUGCCAAUAUUCAGAAUCAAGUUAAUUAUCUCUGACAUAUGUCACAAAAUUCAUUGUUUUUCAGCAGCAGUACAGUGCAAUACUAGGAAUUACAGUAAUAUAUAAAAUGAAAUAAUUACUGCAAAAGGAGAGCAAAAAAAUAAAAGUGAAAAACAGGCUAAACAUUGCUGGUUGCCUUUCAAUGUUGUUCUGUCAUACCUUUAGCACCUUUCCCUUCUGCACAUAAAACCUCACAACUAUAAAAAUAUAUAUUUUCUUGUUUUAUUUCUUUAACACCUUCACUUUAAAGUCAAAGUAAAUUUAUUAUCAAAGUGUGUGUAUAAUACCUUAUACUACCCUGAUUCAUUUUCUUGCAGGCACUUAAACUGAAUCUGUCUCUUGUCUGCCCAUCCUGUUAUUCCCUUCCCCCCAACUUAGUUCAUCCAGUGGGUCCAGUUGAGGAGUUUCGUUUCUGAAUUGAGAACGUUAUAGAUUUGCAAUAUUAGCACGGAGAUGGCACAUUGAAAUAUUCACAUCAUACUGUAAACAAUUUUGAUGCCCAUAUCUCUUAUAAUAUAGAGCCCCAGAGCACAGAAACAAGCCUUUAGGCUCAUUUAGUCCUUGCUGAACUAUUAAUCUGCCUAGACCCUUUGACCUGCACCUGACCAUAGAGACACCAAAGGUGGAGGGGAAAAAUACAAUGAUGUCAGAAUUCAAGAGGCCUUUACACAUCAGGAAAGAUUCAACAGCUGGGUCUCUUUUGUGUGAAAUACUGAGGGCCACAAUCUAACUGAUUAUGGAAUUUAGCCAGGCUAGACUGAGAGGUUUCCAUGGCAGUGACUUUUUUUUAUAUACAAGGUGGUCAUGAAUAAAUCCAACAGGAAAUUCUUUCAGUAGUGGGUUUGUGAAAGUCAGGAACUCACUGCCAGAGACAAUAAUUGAAGAAAGUAACAGAGACAUCCAUGGAAAUCCAGAUAACCACAGGGAGAAAAGAAGUUGAAGACAUCUUAAUGGGGUUAGAUCAAGUGUGAAAGGAGGCUUGUGUCAAAUGUGACCACUAGCAAGGAUCUGUUGGACUAGAUUAACCAUUCCUGUGCCUCAAGUACUUCGUAACUGUAAAAUAUGUAAGUUCCUUGUUCAAAACAAAUCAACAACUGCUUUUGGAUGUGAAGGUACUUUUGAAUUCAAUGAACUUUCAAAGCUAAUGAAUUAUUUUUCAAGCACAAAUACUUAAAUGAAUGGCUUUACUUUGUAAUUAUGUAAAAUCAUUGAAUAUAUUGUAUUUUAAAGGGAAUUUUCAAAAGAGUUGAAUUCAAAACCUGAAUACUUAAUUGUUCCGUACCUGUUACUCAUUAGAUUAAGCCUCAUACACAGAGCUGGAAUGCAAAUAUUAUAAAUUAAAAAGGUGAAUACUUAUGAUUUUAAUUUGGAUGAAAAUUUGAAAUCAGCACAUUAACAGUCAAUAAGGCUGCAAAAAGUCAAAUAUACAGAACUGUCAGUUGACACCACAGAGAAUAUUAGAGUCAAUCCAAUUGUUGACAGUUUCAUAACUAGGUCGCAAUUAUCAUUUUAAAAUAAUUCAGUUUGUGAAUUUUUUUGUAUUUGUCACCAAUAUUUGACUUGAUUAAUGAAAUUAAAAAACUGUCACAUCA